AUGCAAACUCCGCUCCCCAGCUUCACCGACCCGACUCACUUCCCAACCUUCAAAACCAUACCCCAAACUUCAACCUCAUCUGUUCUCACCCCCUCCGACCAAGAGUACUUCCUUCUCGGAACAAUCCAGGAAAACAUGACUCUAACCCCACUAACGCCAACAUUUAUAUGCCGCGAUCGCUCAGGCGCCAGCUUCGCCCUGACGAUUAAAUUGCGCCCCGGGCAGGAUAGCGAUGAUGAUGACAGGAGUUUCUAUAAGAGCAAGGAGGGGAAGUCGAGAUUUAAAAAGGGUGCUUGUGUUGUUGCGAAAGGGGCGAGGAGGAAGGGUUUUAAAGAGGAUGAUGGGACGGGGAAGGGAGGAAAGCAGGGGUUUGUGGAGUCUUGA